AUGGGGAAGGACCAGGAGCUGCUCCAGGCCGUGAAGACCGAGGACUUGCUGACAGCUCAGCGGCUUCUACAGAGACCUCGGCCAGGGAAAGCCAAGCUCCUCGGAGCAGCAAAGCGAGUGAACGUCAACAUCCAGGAUGCAGACGGGUUGGCACCGCUGCACUUUGCCGCUCUGGGUGGUAACAAGGAGCUGAUCUCUCUGCUGCUCGAGGCCCAGGCAGCAGUGGAUAUUAAAGACCACAAAGGGAUGCGUCCUCUGCACUACGCCGCAUGGCAGGGGAAGACUGAGCCAAUGAAAAUGCUGCUGAAGGCGGGCUCCUCCGUCAACGGGCAGUCGGACGAAGGCCAGAUCCCCCUCCACCUGUCGGCGCAGCACGGACACUAUGACGGGUCGGAGAUGUUGCUGCAGCACCAGUCCAACCCGUGCAUCUCAGACUCAGCUAGUAAAACCCCGUUGGACCUCGCCUGUGAAUUCGGUCGUGUCGGAGUGGUCCAGCUCCUGCUCAGCAGCAACAUGUGUGCGGCCAUGUUGGAACCCAAACCCUGCGACCCCAACGGAGUGUCGCCUCUUCAUCUCGCCGCCAAGAACGGACACAUCGAUGUCAUCCGGUUGCUGAUUCAAGCCGGUAUCGAUAUCAACAGACAGUCAGAGUCUGGCACAGCGCUGCAUCAGGCGUCCCUCUGUGGGAAGACGGAGGUAGUGCGCCUGCUGCUGGAUAGUGGCAUCAGUGCAGGGGUGAGGAACACUCUGAGUCAGACCGCCCUGGACAUCGUGAACCAGUUCACCACCACGCAGGCCAGCCGAGAGAUCAAACAACUGCUGAGAGAUGCCUCGGCGGCGAUGCAGGUGCGUGCGUUGAAGGAUUACUGCAACAACUACGACCUCACCAGCCUCAACAUCAAAGCUGGAGACAUCAUCACGGUUUUGGAGCAGCACGCCGACGGCCGGUGGAAAGGCUGUAUUCAUGACAACCGCACAGGAAAUGACCGCGUGGGCUACUUCCCCUCCGACAUGGUGGAAGUCGUCAAGAGGGCAGGUCACUCCCCCUCCCAGCAGUGCCACACCCUCCUGCUCCGCAGGCCCAACCCCUGUCCCAUUGCCACCAACGGACAUUCAUACCCCCCCUCCAAAGUCCUCCCCCUGCAUCUGGCUCCCCCUCCUCCCCUUCACCCCAACACACUGCCCCUCCCUCGCUUCUCCUCCUUUGGGUACGUUCCUCUUCCCAUCUCUCCUCCUUCGCUGUCUACUCCUGCUCUGUCCACUCCUCCUCCUCCUCCUCCUCCUCCUCCUCCUCCCCCUCCUCUCUCCACUUCUCAGGAGCAGCAGAGUCAGACAGGUUCGCGGACUGCAGAGCUGAGUCCUCAGGGGUCUCCGACUCUGGGACAGCAGAGCAGCGCCAGUGAGGACAUUUGGGUGCUCCGCAAACCGCUGGGAGUCGGCGAUCGCAGUGGCAGUGUGGGCAGCAUCGGCAGCAUUCGGUCGACCAGCAGCUUGCAGAGCUCCGGGAACACACACGUCCUGACCACACCUGCUCCCAGUCCACACCCGGCCAACACGCCGGGGGUCAACACGCACGGGCUCAACGCUCCGGGUCUGCACGCACAGGCCGAAGGCGUGAAGCUGCUGGCCACCGUGCUCUCCCAGUCGGUCAAAGCCAAGGAGCAUCUCUUGGAGCAGUCGCAGUCCGUCGAGCAGUCAGCCAGCUCUUCCAGUUGCACAGUUCACGAACAGCGGUCCUUUGAGCGGAAGGCCGAAGAGGAUGAUGGGAAAAAGCAGGCAGUAGUGGCGUGGCUGGGUGAGUUUCAGCUGCAGUUCUACACCACCCACUUCCUCACCGCGGGAUAUGAUCUAGACACCAUUAGCCGCAUGACCCCUGAGGACCUCACGGGAAUCGGGGUCAUGAAGCCCGGACAUCGAAAGAAGUUAACGUCAGAGAUCAGCAAGCUGCCCUCCGCCGACUGGCUGCCAGAACACAAGCCUGCCAAUCUAGCAGACUGGCUGUCUCACCUGGGUCUCAGUCAGUACUACCAGGUUCUGGUGCAGAACGGGUACGAAAACAUCGACUUCAUCUCCGACAUCAGCCUCGAAGAUCUGCAAGAGAUCGGAAUUACUAAACUCGGCCAUCAGAAGAAGCUGAUGCUGGGAGUGAAGAGACUGAAGGAGCUCCAGAGGGGAGAGAGGAGCUCCGAGGCCCCCCAGAGCCCCUCCACCCCUCCACCCAGCCCAGGUGGCGGCGGCGCCGGCUCCGAGCCCAGGAAGGAGGAGAGGAAGCAGCGAGACGGGGCCCCGAGCCCGCUGGCUAAACCUCGCCCGGCUCUCACGCGCUCACAGACCCCGCCGCACACUCCCCAGCAGGCUUCCCCGAGGCCUCGGCCGCGCCCCUCCACCACCCAGAUGGCGGCGUCGCCGCCGGCAGAUCCGUUGUCGGUGCCGCUGCUGCGCCUGCCCAGUGUGGAGGAGGAGCGACGGAGGACUCACAGUCUAAUUGGCUCGGAGUCAGACUCCAGAUACGCCACCGUGUGCCGCAGCAGCUCCACGCACGCCGCCCCUAAUGAUGUCACGGUCAACCGCAGCCAAUCGUCCGUCAGCCUCCGACCCCGACGGAAAGGUCGACCCCCGACGCCGCCCAAACGGUCCUGUUCUUCCAUUACCGGGGGCGACGGGGAGGGGGAGGGGCAGGCGGAGGGGCUGCUGGGCCCGCCGACCUAUCGAGAGCGGCGAGCCAGCGACUGCGGCGGCCUGGGGUCGGCGUUGAGGUCUCAGGCCUCAGCGGGCCUGGAGAGAUCAGAGGGGGCUUCUGGGAGCGUGCGCAGCCUCGCCGCCAUGCUGGAAACAUCCAUCGUGGGAGGAGCCAAAACCUUGCCCAAGAAUCUGGGAGGCAGCAUCAACUACCUACAGGUGAGUCCGCCCGUACUCCGGCGGCAGCCCGGUGCAGGCGGUUUUGGAUCCGAGGAGGACGACGUCUUAAGUCGCCAUCGGACCAUCAGCGGACCGGAAGGCCUGGCGGGCGAUCAGAUCGACCCGUUACCACGGCAACCAGCCCAGCAGCGUCCAGAGCCUCGGCCCCGCUCCACCGCGGCGUCAGAGAUCACAGACGGCACGGCGACGCUCCGAAAGAGACCGCGUCCGCCGCCGACGGACUCCGAGGCGCCUCCGCCCGCGGACGCCAACAGCGCCGUUACCACGCCGACGGGCUCCGACGCCACACGCAGGAGACAGAGCCCCGCCGACCACACAGAGGGCGUCGUUCGAAUCGAUAACCAAUCGGGCUCUCCCGGCAGCCAAACGGACGGCGGCCAGAAUAACGGCUGCGACCCGCUGCAGCAGAACGGGGGCGUGGUCCUGAGGCGGAGGCCGCCGUCCGAGGCCUCCGAUAGGACGGAGGCCAACAGAGACAGCUGUGAGUGGAUGGAGGCCAGGAAGUCUCUGAAGCCGCCGGUGUCACCCAAACCGUCCGCGGUCACCGCGAGGAAGGCACAAGCUGACCCCCCGACCCCAACUCACAGGGUCCCCAUACCCGGGCCUGACUUUACCGAAAUGGCACAGAGCCCUGAGGCGAAGCCGGCUCCUCCCGUAUCCCCGAAGCCCCGCGGGCCCCCAACAGCCCCCAAGCCGGGCAAAGCCACCGUGGGGUCGGCGGCCAUGAGCCCGAGUCCUGCAGCCACCAGCCCGGCGGCGUGCAGCCCCACCCCGGCCACGAAGCCCUCCCCGCCGCUCUCCUCCGGCGCCCUUCCAGCUCCUGACGCCUCCUCCUCCGCUCCCUCCCUCUCUCCGGGACUCCCCCUGACUUCUCCCUCUCCGGCCCAGAGUCCCUCCACGCCCUCUCCGCACCCCGUCAAACCGCCCCGCUCGUCCAUCGCUGGACUCUCCAUCGACCUGCUGGGAGCCCGGGAGGUGGAGGAGGAGGAGGAGGAGGAGGAAGAGGAGAGGAGGAGAGAGAGGGAGCACAAGAGGCACAAGGAGCAGAAGCAGCAGGAGGAGGAGGAGAGGAAGAAAGCAGAGGAUGAGAAUCCGAGGGAGCUGGAGAGUGAAGUCGAGGAGGUAGAGCAGGGGGAGGAGGUGCAGCCUCGUGUGGAGGAGACCAGCGCCUCCUUGGCUGCAGCUGUUGAACAUCAAAUCAAAAAGGAGGACGCACAAAAUGACAAAAAGGCCAACGUGUCCAUCUUGGACGACAUCGGCAGCAUGUUCGACGACUUGGCCGACCAACUGGACGCGAUGCUCGACUGAUGCCCCGCCCUUACGGCUCAUCGCCAACAAGCCCCGCCCCCUGCUCCCACCACGUGUAGGUGUAUCAAGAAAACUCUCCCGAGGCUCGACGCUGGCGCUCUGAGAGAGAGAGUGUGUGUGUGUGUGUGUGUGUGUGUGUGUGUGUUUGGGAGCGUGUGCCCUCCCGCGUGAGCGCUUCUCAUGUAGCCUUGUACAGUAUUACCGAGGAGUGAGUCCUCUUCGUCCGGCCGCAGUAGCUCGAGAACGCCUCCCUACGCUAGGAGGCCGCUCCCACACAACCUUUGACCUCUGCAGCCCCAGCGAGUCGCCAGCCUGGACCCAGAGGAAGCACAAUCGUUCUCUUCGUCCUUUUAUCUCCACGGACUCUGACAGAGACGCCAACUCGGUCAGAAAAGGGAGGCGCAAACAGAUGAGCAUAUUGCUUGCAAAUUAAAUUAAAUAAAAAAAUAAGCACACAAACUGACAGACAGGCAGACGGAUAGAUAGCGAUGUAAACGGAUAGAUAGACGGAUGAGAUGCUGGAGAGAGUUUUUAAAAGGACAUUAAAAGACAGGCCGCUUUCUGAGUCUGCCCCACUCCCGGAUGAAUCGUAGCCUCUCUUCUGUAUGAGUGGAGGACUGCGGUUAGCCGGACUUCCUGACAUGCGUGUCGUCUCUCUUCAUGUUGUUGUCGUCGUUGCUGCUGCUGUUGUUAUCGUUGCCGUUGUCGUCGUUACGAGUGUGUGUAGUCCCCGCUGAUGCUCAUGUCAAUGUCCUCCCACUCGUACAGUAGUUACUCUAAUGAUCAGAACGACAAUAUAGAUGGGUGUCCACGGAUUUUGAGACACUCGCAUACACACAAACACACACACACACACACACACACAUGCUAACGCGCACCCACACUACAUUUGGUUUGAUCUUGCUGGUGUUCUGCUUUGUUGGUGUUUCGCUCCAUCUAUGGAGGUUUGCUUGGAAAUGAAUCUUCACAUUAACACACACAUUUACAUGCAAUUACACACACACAUAUACAUACAUAUAUAUGUACACACAAGCACACUUAUGCGGUGUAUCCUUUUGUCCUGCUGCAGUGAACAGUGUUUUUAAAAGAUAAUCCUAUAUUUCAAUGCUUUAAAUCGUACAUCCGGUAUACAUAGAGUUUAUAAUAUACCCGGGUAUUUCAGCUGUUAGAGCUCCCUCUAGUGUUGGUUAGUGAAACUGCCUCUAAUCUGCCCACCUUCUAUCUCGUCUCCCCUCCGUUGUAUCUCCCUCCGUGUCCGUUCUGUUAACUCUGCAUCUCUCUGUGCCUUGGUAGUGUUUGUUCAUUUAUUCAAAAUAUUUUUUUUAUUUUGAUUUAAUUUUUUUCCCUUCAAACAUCUGUAAUGGGUUUUUUUCUGGUUCCUGAUGAAAUCUCGCUCCUUAUGUGUCUGUUAUGUCCAACGUAGCUUAUUGGAUUGAGUUGUGAGUUCAAUGUGAUCCCCUAAAAUCAAUCACCCUGUCUGCAGUCCUCCUGUAACCAUUGAUUAACCUUGUCCGAGCACAUAGAAGCCCCCCCCCCCCUCCCUUCUGUAAACUGUAAUAAAUUGGCUGGCCUCCCCAGUUUCCAGUAGUCCCCCAUGUAGGCCAGGCAGUGGAUCAACCAUGAGUGUUCAUCCCAACGAAGAGUCCAAUUGUAUUUUUAUGCUCUUUAAAAACAAAGAUAUAUUUGAGAGACAGGUGGUUCUAUGUGAAUAAUAAUAAUGAUUAUAGACAUUGAAUUGAGGUGAGCUGAUUGACCCUGUACAUGUAUGGUUGAGUUCUGAAUGUGUUGUGACGGCUGUUGUGCCAUGGUUUGGGUUUAGGUUGUGUUUCUGCUGUGACGAUGCAUUCCUGUACAGCUGUGAUCGGAAUAAAUGGAUAAAGUAAACCUUA